CUGAUAUCUAGCACAGUAAACAAUCAGAUUUAUUUUUUAACCUUACAGCUGACACGAUGAGGGCCCAAUGAGGACUGAAGACUGCUGCCAAAAAGAGAAACAUGUCUGCGGCAAGAAAGGAACUACAGAAGGCCUUGUGCCGCUAUACCACAAAUACGCUCGCCUACAUUGACACAGUAAGAGGAUUCUGCAAGAGGAUCUCUAAAUGGAUGCUUGGAAGGGAGUCAGAGCUGGAAAUGAUGAAGGACAUCAAAGACAGGGCUGACAAAAUUGACCUGAACAUCAGCCAUGUUACCCAGUCAAAGAAAAAAGGUACGGCUAUAUGGGAGUAUAUGAAGAGCAAGGUGACCCAGGUGACUGCAGACAGCAGGCGUGCAGAGCUGGAGAAGGAGCUGGCUGCUGUGGUGAAGGACACUCUGGGAGGCCUGGAGAAGCUGGACUGCUUCCUGGAUGCAGUGGAGAAGCUGGCGGUCACCUCACUUCAUGUGUUCAAGGAGGAGAACCAGGUGUUACACCUGCCCCAAGGGAUCAGCUGUGAACAGGUUCAGGUUCUCAUUGCUGCUGCACAGCUAAUCUGCCCACAACUCCUCAAGUUUAAAAGAGAUGCAAGUGUCUUCUUCCUUCCCAAACUUCAGAAUGUGGAAGUGCUGUCCUAUCAGCUGGACAAAUACAUUCAGACCACCCAGACAAUCUGUGACAAGUUAGAGCAAAGCUCUUUGAGUGGGUUUAGCCUUAAGAUAGCUACUGACACUUUGGUAGAGCUCGAUGUGGAUUUGUCUGAAGAUGAAAUACAGAGGAUGCUUUGUCACAUUAAUCAGCUCCAUAAAAUCAGGAUGAACCAGGACUUCCGGAUGGUGUUCUUGUUUCAGGAGGAAUCGGGUUCUGGCUUCAUCAGUGAGUUCACCAAGCGACAGCCCGGGAUGCUGCAGUUUCUCAAUGAGCUGGAGGAGAAUGCUGUUCAGCUAGACAGGAUGAAUAAGGGGGCAAAGAUCUCCAGUGUUGCAGGCAGCUCAGUGGGGGCAGUUGGAGGUGUGCUUUCAAUUGUUGGUUUGGCAUUAAUUCCAGUGACAGCUGGAGUGUCUCUAGGUCUGUUAAUAGGUGGGACAGCACUGGGAAUUACCAGUGGGGUCAACAGUCUUGUCACCACAGCCACAGAGAUCGGAAUAAACCGUAAACAUCAAAAGAAAGCCAGUGAAGUCUUCCAGAGCUUCAUGAAGGACGUGCAGAUUCUCCAGGAUUGUCUGGACGAUGUGAUCAAAAGAGAAACAGAUAAGAUAGAUGAGGCUAUACCAGUAGGAAAGGUGCUUUGUAAAGCUGGUGCUAUCAGAAAUGGAAUUGAUGCGCUUGUUGAUGCUGCCUCUGCUGCUAAGAUGUUGAGAAGUGAAGAGCUGAUUGUAAGUGCUGGCAAGGUGGUGGCCCAGGAAGGUAAAGCAUUUCGUAACGUGCCCAGGGUGGCCUCAGAAGUCCCAGAUAUCGGUCAGGUAGCAGUCAAAGGGCCUCUUGCCCUCUCCAAGUCAGCCAGGGCCGGUUUCAUUGCAGUCAAUGCUCUUUUCCUUGGCAUGGAUAUCUUCUUCAUCUGUAAAGACAGCAUCGGUCUGGCCAAAGGCAGCGAGACUGAAGUCUCACAGUUCAUCAGAGCCAGAGCUACACUUUGGAGCUCAGAGAUGGACUCGUGGCAGAAGAUCCACGACUCCCUGUGCAAAGGUCUGCUGACGUCAGAGGAAAAACAAGCUCUCCUGGAGACGCCAUUUUAUUCAGAGAUGGAGCUGAAUAAACAAAGUGAAAUGGAAAUGAAAUUAUGAAGUGGACUAAAGACAUGAAAGGAAAACAUUUUUGUGUAAUACAGUAGUGCAGUGAACAGAGAUUACUAUGUGCCUUUUCCCAACUCUGAUGGUGUGUUCAGAGAUGAAAUCCAUUUAAGGUGAUCAAAUCAUGCAUGAAAAUUCAACCCUGCUUGUAUUAAAGUUGUGUUUAGCACCGAAUAACUUCUAUUCUACCUGUAAUCUAUUGCUGAAGAAUUCUUAAUUAGCUAUAAUUCUUUUGUUAAGCUUGUUUUAAAACAUAAUGAUAAAAAUGUAAAAGUAAAAUAACUAUUUUAUUUUAAGUUGCUGUCGCUGUCAUAUAAAUAUAGCAGAGUAGAAUUUUAUGCAAAAUAUAUUCUGUACAAUAUGUAUGAUCUGCAUUAUUCGCUCCACAUUUUUCAUGCACAAUCAAAUAAAGUAAACAUGUUGUAAUGAGUAACUGUAUGAAUAUGAUCAGGG